GUUUAAUUGUGUGAAUGCUGUGUGCGUUUCCCGUUUAUUAUUUUUAGUGCUAUUUUGGUUACAGUUUAUUGAAAACCGCAGUGCUUUACAAAUUGUAUAAUCUUCUGAUACCUGUGAAGUGUGGAUUUGUCGAAAAAACAGAAGGUCAGGCAGUGUAUCUAUUUCCAGUUCGGUCAAAUGGAAAAAUCAAUCGGCACCGAAGCUGCACAACAGCCACCGGCAGAGAAUGGAAAUGGAACCCAUAAAUCAGCAGCUACAGUCAUCCAAAGUCCAGAACAGCAGCAGCGGCCACGGAAGCUGUCUUUCGACGACACCGAUGUGGAACUGUCCAAGCUGAAGCUGGGCGCAGCGGUUCGCCGAUUUCCGCUUCCCCAAAUACUAACCGCGACCAUCGCAUUCGCCCUAGCCGGCCUACUCGUCCGGUAUUUGCUGCCAUUUAACUCGGGGUCACUGAAUGCGGCACUGGACACGCUCCAACAGUGGCGCCUGCAGGCCACGGAGCGUCUCACGUCAUCAGCAACCAUCGAUUAUAAACGGUGGUACUCAGUGCUACAGACGAGAUUAAGUGACGCAAGGCAGCAACUCGAAGAUCCUUCGCUGAUACUGCUGGCCGCAUUAUUUGGCAUUGGCGUUAUGGCCUUCACCUACCAUGUGAUCUACCUGGAUAGUAACAUCCCUGGCGUCAAUCCACCGACACCGUUUUCGGCUAGUAAAAAAAAGAGAUUCAGCGAUAAGGAACGCCGAUUUCAUCUGGGUUACGUAACAGCGCUUCUAAGUGGACUGACGGUGUUCUUAAUUUGUAUGCUGGUCGACUAGAUUUACAUUACUUCCACAUAUCUAGUCGCGAUGUGGAUUUCCUCCUAACUGAAAAAGCAAGGGGCCUUAAUUGCCAUGAACAGGAUCACACGUUCUUACCAGAAUCGAUAGGCUAGACUUUCACAAUCUUUGCAUUUUAGAAUCAUUUUUAUGUAUCUAACAUUAAGUGUAAUAGCAGCUAUUUAUAUCAGCACGGAAAAUAAUGUGCGGUUGACUUAUAGAGGUAUUUUCAGUAGAAACGGGAUUAUAACGUUAACAUAAUAUUAUAGAAAGUGUAAAUAACCGGAACGAGAAAGAGACUAAUCAACUUUAGUUUUAUCUAUGUUAAUUACGCGCUACAAGGCGUCUUAGGUGUUGAAUCGCUUUCGGAAACCAUUUGGAUUUUGCAGUCGAAUGUAAAAAAGCUUAACCUUCCGGCAGUCGCGCUAGUGCACUGAGUGCACGCUGCUCUGAAAAUCUAGCGAAAUCGUCUUAGAGCAGCUGCGGCUGCUCGUUCAGUGAGCCAUUUGCACGACUUCUUUUUUUUUUUUGGAUAGGAAAACUGACUUAAAUUUCACUGUAGUUUCUCGAUAUUAUAUACAAAUAUUUUAUUGUACAUUAAUUUUAGGCAUUUUUUACAUAUUUUGGUACAAAU